GCUGCCGCCGCGCAGCACAUCCCCUCUCGGUGCCCUUAAAGCGCUCCGGUGGCUCCGCGGCAUCUUCUGUCGCUGUGACCUGCACUUGCUGCGGCGGUCGUGGCGUAGACGACCGGGAAGUCGAGAAACCGAAAAAUGGACCCAGUGGCCUUUGAAGAUGUGGCUGUGAACUUCACCCUGGAGGAGUGGGCUCUGCUGGGGCCUUCACAGAAGAAACUCUAUAGAGAUGUGAUGCGGGAAACCUUGAGGAAUCUGGCCUCAGUAGGGGAAAAAUGGGAAGACCAUAACACUGAAGAUCAGUACAAAAACCAGGGAAGAAAUCUGAGAAGUCAUACAUUACAGAGACGCCAUGAAAGUAAAGAAGGUAGUCAGUGUGGCGAACACAUCAGCCUUAUUCCAAAUCUGAAUCUGAACAAGAAAAAUUCUACUGCAAUGAAACCAUGGGAGUGCAGUGUGUGUGGAAAAGUCUUCAUGAGUUGUUCAUCCCUUAAUAGGCAUGUGAAAUCUCACACUGCACCCAAACCAUCCAGGUAUCAGGAAUAUGGAAAUAAGCCUUAUAAAUGUAAGGUAUGUGGGAAAGCCUUCAGUUAUCUCCAGCCUUUUCAAAAACAUGAAAGUAAUCACAGCAUAGAGAAAUCCUAUAAAUGUAAAGAAUGUGGGAAAUCCUUUAGAUAUCGCCAGUCUGUUCGAAAACAUGAACGGACUCAUACUGGGGAGAAACCCUAUCAAUGUAAACAGUGUGGAAAAGCCUUUCGGUAUCAUCAAACCUUUCAAACACAUGAAAGGACUCACACAGGAGAAAAGCCCUAUGAAUGUAAGCAGUGCGGUAAAGCCCUCAGUUGUCCCAGUUCCUUUCGAAGUCAUGAAAGGACUCAUACUGGAGAAAAACCCUAUGAAUGUAAAAACUGUAGUAAAGCCUUCAGUUGUCCCAGUUCGCUUCGAAAACAUGAGAGAACUCAUACUGGAGAGAAACCUUAUGACUGUAAGGAAUGUGGGAAAGCCUUCAUUUCCCUUGGAAGCUUUCAAAGACACAUGAUAACACAUACUGGAGUUGGACCUUAUAAAUGUAAGGACUGUGGAAAAGCAUUCAACUGUCCCAGUUCCUAUAGAAUACAUGAAAGAUCUCACACUGGAGAAAAACCCUAUGAAUGUAAACAAUGUGGUAGAGCCUUCAGUUGUUCCAGUUCUUUUCGAACGCAUGAAAGAACUCACACUGGAGAGAAACCCUAUCAAUGUAAGGAAUGUGGAAAAGCCUUUCACUGGCUCACCACUUUUCAAGUCCAUGUGAGGACUCACACUGGAGAAAAACCCUACAUAUGUAAGCAGUGUGGUAAAGCUCUCAGUUGUCCUACUUCAUUUCGAAGACAUGAACGGACUCACACUGCAGAGAAACCCUAUGAAUGUAAGCAAUGUGGGAAAACCUUCAGUUCUCCUCUAGGUCUGCAAAUACAUGAAAGAACUCACACUGGAGAGAAACCCUAUAAAUGUGAGAAAUGUGGGAAAGCAUUUGUUUCUCUCACAAGCUUUCGAAGACACAUGAUGACACACACUGGAGAUGGACCUUAUAAAUGCAAGGAAUGUGGGAAAGCAUUUAAUUGUCCCAGUUCAUUUCGAAUACAUGAAAGAACUCAUACAGGAGAGAAACCCUAUGAAUGUAAAAUAUGUGGUAAAGCCUUCAGUUGUUCCAGUUAUGUUCAAGUACAUGAAAGAACUCAUACUGGAGAGAAACCCUAUGAAUGUAAGGAAUGUGGGAAAGCCUUCAUUUACCGCACAACCUUUCGAGGUCACAUGAGAGUGCACACUGAAGAGCCUUCUUCCAUUUUCCUUGCUAAUAGUUGGCAUAAAUUUGUAAGUAUGCAAAGUUUAUCGAGUAUAAUCUCAUUUGACUUAGUAUUUACAUCUUUUCUCUGUCAUUCCAUCUGUGAUUUGGGUAAUAGGCUUUACAUUAAGAAAAGAGACUCAUGUUGACAUCAGCUGCAUACUUAAGGCAACCUUACAUUGUUUGCAAGUUUAAUUAUUUUAGAUUUAAAUUCAUAGCUACAACCUCUGCACUGAAGCACUAUUUUUUUCCCUACCAAUGCAUUAAAAUUCCUCCUGCAUUAUUCUGAUAUCACCAUUUAGGGUCUCUUUUACCCAUAAUGCAGUUAGAAUUAUAUGAUAUCACUGAACUCAACUAGUGGUACUACCAUUCCUCCAUCAUAUUGAGCACCUACUAUGUGCCUGUUCUGUAAAUAAAACAGUGAACAUAACUGAUGUGGUUACUGCUCUCACAGUGCUUCAAGUCUGUCAGAUUAAAUGUAAACAUUUCUAGCUACUUUUUAAAGUGUUAUAAACAUUUAAAUUCUGAUUCAUUUUUAUGGUAACACUGUAUGUAAUAGGCUGAUAAGUCUUUAUAUUUUCAAAAAGAAAAAAGAGACAUGAGACAGGACAAUAAAAUGUAGAAUUGGAGAUGCUCUCCUAGAAUGUGUUAUGUCAACAUGGGUAAUAUGUUGUGACCUACAUUUUCUAGGCUCUCUUCUUUUCAUGGUUCCAUGUUAGAAUUCACCACUAGCCUCCCUUGCAUGACAUUUGGAGAGCUAAAUGAAGAAGGCCUUAGUUUUUGAGCCACAUAGGAGUUUCACAUAUACCUGGUUCCAGCCCAUUCUCCUGAUUCUUUGCCCUGCCAGUCCAAAGUAUCCACGUUACCACCAGCUACAUGACUUCAUUUUCUCAGACCUGUCAGUUUCCACACAUGCCUCCACAAGUUCCAUAGCAAAGAUCCAUCACAGUUUGGAUUUUCCUGCAAGUCCUCAAGUGUCCACCAGGCAACAAAUUUAGAUUGUUGUGGCUGAGAAUGUUUUGUGAAGCACUGACUCCCCUUUUCUCUAUGUUGUAUUUGUAUAAGGUCUAAUUUGUGUAGUAAACACGUUGUUCUGUUGAUAUUGCUGGUGACUGUGUGUUCCUGAUUCCACUACAGCAGCUACAAUGAUGCAGUCAGAUGGAACCACAUGGUCCUGUAGUGUGUUCCUCUACUGUACUAUGCAGUGACUUCUGUGACCCAAUCCUUCCAUGCGAGAAUUAGCACAUUCCUCUUAUUGGAUAGACUGUGGAUAUUUCCAAUUACUCACAGUUGAACAUAAUUCCUUGGUACAUUUUCAGUUAUGUUUGAGUGUAUGUGAUUGAAAACAAUGUUCUUUUUUUUCUUCUUGUCAAAUGCUUCUGUAGAUUUUUCUUAGAAAUGUUUUAACUUUUUCAAAAACUUGUAUACUAACAAAUGUUAUCUUUUCCAUUUACUAAUAGGAUACAUUGAAACAUCCCAUUGCAGAUGUGGAUUUUUAGAUCAACUUUGUGGUUUUUUUCUAGUUAAUUAUUAUACAUUUUGACUCAGCAUUAUCAUGUAUAUUUUUCCUCAGGCAGAUUUUAUUUUUUCAUAGUUACAAUUUUUGUCAUGAAACUGAUUUAUCAUUUUUUCUUAAUUAAAAACUUCAAUCAUG